AUUUGGCCUUGUUAAUAGUGAGUUCACAGUAAGAAUGGAAGACCAAGAACAGGGGACCAAGUCAAGAGUUAUGAAGGUAGACUCUAUGGAAUCAUGGGAUUUCUAUGUUAAUCAAGCCACUGUUCAAGGAUGCCCUAUUGUGGCACACUUUACUGCUGCUUGGUGUAUUCCCUCUUUGGCAAUGAACCCUUUUAUGGAGGAGUUGGCUUCUAUGUACCAAAAUACUAUAUCUUUUCUCACAAUUGAUGUGGAUGAGGUCAAGGUCCAACGUGAAAUGCUAAGUCAAAGAAGGCGCGGUACAAUCUUUCUCAAGAGUAUCAUACGGAUUCUUCCCUACUUCGAUCCUCCGUUACGUAUUUUCGCAAAAGAGAAUCGGUUCAGGUGGUUUCGUAGCAGACAGUGUUGGCCGCAGCUAGUGGCGCAUCCUCUUUUCAGCCGACUUGGUGAGCCCCACUUCAUUUCGGGGUCCUGUAUCAUCUGUUCAUCAUGUACUUGUAUAUUUAGGUAUAGUCAGAUCCUUGUUGCCGGCAUUUUCAUAUUUCUAAUGAAUACUGCUUCGAAAAAUAUUGUUGCUGAGCUCAAAAAAGGGUUGAAACUCAAUGGUGACAACUAUGAAACCUGGAGCUUGAAAGCCCAGUAUAUGCUAGAAGAGCAAGAGGCUCAGGAGGCUUUUAAUAAUGUCAUGAAUGAGCCUGCGCAGCGUAGGCGUGAGCGUGAAGCUUACGACGGUUGGAAGAAAAAUUAA